GGCUCUUCAGUUUUGUUUCCAAAAACAUUUCUGGACAGUCUCACAGUAUCUUUGUCCCCACUUAAACUGAGCUAUCUCUCAUUAACAUACAAUAUAUGGGGUGGGGGCAAUUUCAAUAUUUUUAACUCUUUCAUAGGACAGGCAGUGUUCAAAUCUGGUUUACAGCUGAUAACGAUGAAAUGGGAACAAAGGGCGGACUGACCAUUUGGAAACUCUGGCACUGCCCGAGGGCCCAGGGUCAAUAGGGGGCCCCAUGAGAUGCCCCUGGUACCUUUUUCAUAGGCUUUUUUGAGUUUGGGCAAUGACACAGGGGCCCCAUGGUCCCCUUUUGCCCAGGGGCCCCAUGA